GAAACCUUAGAGGCAGAACAGGGGUUGGUAGGAGUUGCGUAUUUUUAUGUUCACAGACAGAGUGUUACCUCAAACAGGAAGGCUGUUUAAUAUUAUGCUUAUAGAUUAUAGUCCUCCAGUGACCGGCCAGUUUGCUAGGCAGGCAGAACAAACGGGUGGUGGAUUUGCUCGGUUUGCAUAACGGUUUUAAACAGACAGGAUAGCCCACUUGUAGUUCAGUUGUUAUCAGUAACACAGUGACUGGAUAAAUUGCAAUUGAUGAUAUUAAGUUGCAUGACGCAGAUAGUUGGAUAACUGACAUUAUACUCUAGUUAACUAGUUUGCAGUAUUUGGUUAGGACCGUUCUGCAUUUUUUUAACUGAUAACGGGUGUUUUGCAAACUAAAAGGCCGAUCAUGGAGCCCGGCGUGCUGUUUUUAAAAUACGAGCUGGCCUCCACCAUCGAGCAAGCCGUCAGGUGCGCGGUGGAGGCCGUGCUACAGGAAACCGCGAAGGUGGUGGAGGUCCGGCUGGCCGAGGCUCGGAGCGCCGCCGCAGAGUCGCACCGGGAGAACCGCAGCUUGAGGGAGAAGCUGGAGAUGACAGAAAGCGAGCUGAAGGCUGUGCGCUUCUACAUGUCGGCGGCGGAGAGAAACAUCAAGCAGUGUCUGCUUCUCAACCGAGACCGACCGCAUUCACCCAUUAUGGGCCGUACGCGCGCGGAAGAGCCCCUCAAAAGGGUCCAAAGUGGCCCCCCCGAUCCGCUUACCGGUACCGACCCUUCUCGCAGGUAUGUGCAGUCCUUCGGUGACCCAUGUGUGAGAGCUCAGAUAUUGAAGUCCUCCCGCAGUGUUGCUCUCUGUUUACCGACAGUUCAAUCGGGAUGGACCAGACCCGGGAAUAACAGGAGGGGAGUCAGAUCACAAACGAGCGCAUCUUCGAUGCCGUGUCUGGGUCGAAGCUCCCGUCCACAAACACAACUUUUUAGACCUGGAGAUGAUCAGAGUAUUGACUUGUAUUGCGUAGCAGAUGAGAGCGUAGAAGAAGGUUACACUGGAACUAAACAGAGAACUGCAGGUUUCCACCAGCAGGAGGCGACAGAGACCCCCAGGUUUCAGUUUGAGAAAAGUUCACCGGCAGCCAGCCAUGUGAGUGAGCUCGGCUUGAUCCAGGUGCUGGACGAUGGGCUGGACUCCAAGGAAGGUGUAAUUAAAGUGGAAGAUGAGUCUUCUUGUGAGCCGGAUCCAGUCAGGACGGACUCGGACCAGGCCCCACAACUCGUCCUGCAUCCUCCCACGGCUGCCGAUACUCAGUCCGUAGAACAUCCUGAACCAGCAGAAGCUCAGCCGGUUCUGCACGGGCUCCCCCAGAGCCCGGACAAAGUCCAUCUCUGCAACGUGUGCGGACGAGGCUUCCGCCGCUUCUACAACCUGAAGACACACCAGCGCAUCCACACGGGCGAGCGGCCCUACCCCUGCCGCUACUGCGAGAAGCGCUUUCGCCACCUGGACAGCCUGCAGAAGCAUCAGCGAAUCCAUACAGGCGAGAGACCUUAUCGCUGUGCGCAGUGUGGCUGCUGUUUCCGCGAGCUGGGCCACCUCAAGAAGCACCGGCUGACCCACGCGAAUGCACCCCCUGUUCUGCCUGACCCCGCCCACAGUCUACAUGACCCCGCCCACAGUCUGCAUGACCCCGCCCAUGCCCCAGCCCCUGUCUCUGGUGGCCACGUCUGGCCACAUGUAGCUUCUCAGUCCCCUAACUUGAUUUAACCUUUACAGGAGGCGUGAAAUUCCACAGCUGAAUUCUGCUGUCACGGGUAUGCAGAUCUGCUGGUUUUAGAACACAUACCAUAACAUUAACGACCGAGGGCUACAAGAGCCAGGUGAUGAGACCGUUACUUCAAGCAAAGUGAUACACUGGAAACAUCUAGAUCUCUGUACCUCUGUGACCAGACUUGGGAACUAAAUGCUAUACUUUGUAUUCCCGUUAGGUCUUAUGUUUUUCCGAGGGGGACAUCCAGCUCUCUCUACUCCUCAUUUCAUGGUGCAUAACAUCAGUCAGUCAGCAGGGGCUACCUGAGAAGGUUGUGUUUUUUCAUCGGCUGAGGAACGGCUUCAUGUAGCUCACAGAAAUGUAUUUUUGAAUUGCUGUUGCAGAGUAGGAAGUGCAUACAAUUGGCCUAUUAAUAUCUGGAUGUAUAAUUUGCAUAAAAAAUUCUGCAGAACAUUUAUUUUAGAAAUCCAUAGAGCUUAUAGGCUUCUGACAGAUUUAGCCAUGGAAAUGGAAGUUCAUACUAUGAAAGAAAAAAGAAACACAUUCGCUUGCUUGCAAAGCUAAGAAGGGGGGAGAUUGUGACGAGAUGUCUCUACAUGCCCAGCAAAAUUCACCCUCCCGAAAACAAAAAGGGACGACAUUUUCGAUCAGGAAGCUGUGAGAGAAUAAGCUCAUUCAAGCCCUCUCGGCUAAGAUCGAUCAGGGAUCGGAUCAAAUUGAACGCACGGUCAAGGAUAAUUCUGCUAAUAUCGACAGUCUUUGUGACUCUCUCUACUCCAUUCACAGCAACGGUGUAGCGCUCCGACAAGAGAAUGAGAAUCUGAAGAAGGCGAAUGCGGAAAUGAAACUUAGGAUAGAUGACUUGGAAAUGAAAAUUAGUGACCAGGAAAAUCAGAGUCGUAGGUGGUGUGUUCGUUUGUGUGGCCUUUCCGAGUAGAAAACGUGAAAGUGAGGAUGAGAGCGGUGUGAUAAAAAGGAGUGGGGUGGGCUGGAUACCCCUGAUGUGGCCAAUCGCCUUGGCGGGAAGAUAGAAGAUAGCGAGAAAAAAACGAGAGCAGUGAUUAGGGUCGAGGUUUAUUUUCUGGUCACAGAGACCGUUAAUAUGGAAGUGUGCCAAGGUAUGUGAUUGGCUGGACAUCCAGGGGUCUUACUUUAAGGAGGAUCUGACUUGGUUUGACUAGCAGCUCAGAUGCGACUGUGGCCACUGGUAGAAAAGGCGUGGAGAGAGUAUAAAAAGGGCUUUUUCAUCGGGGCAUGUGCUUUCGCUGAUGGGAUGGAACUUAGAGGAGAACAGUAAGAAUCGGGUAGGCGGUCCCUGACUUGUACAAGCAAAUCCACAAUUAUCCUAUUUUGGUCAGUUCAGAGAUGGGAGCCAGAACAUUUGUCAGAUGCGAGUGAUGUAAAUGUUUUUGUGAGAAAUCUUCAGCUUUACAGGUAAUUACUGCUUGUUGAAUAGUCAGUUUGUUGUAUUAUAUAUUGUGAUGUCAAUGUCUAUCCCUUCCAUUAAUGCCUGGGGGGGGGGGG